CCACGGCCAACAUCUCGGAUGAACAACCGAGCGGACGGAAUGCCAACGACGGGUGGAGACCAUUGAUGGGUGAAGGAUGAUUGCAGAUGCGGAGGCCAAGGGAGAGGGAAAGGCACGAAGGGGGAAGAGAUAGACCGAGAGAAACGUUGUAGACGUCGUUGUAUUGCAGUUUGGAUUGAUUGACGGAUUGCAAAAGCCACUGGCUUGGGACAGACACGGGAAGGGUUACACAUCUCAACUUGAGCAACACUGAUGCCGAAGUGCAAUCAUCUUGAGUGUCAACAUGUUUUGGUGCAGAAGAAAAAUCCGCCUCACCGCCUCCGGGAUUUGAUGACCUCGACUGGUCGGUCGAAAUCCACCGUCGGAGCCGUCGGACCGUCAGGCGGCGCGAGAGAUGGGUGCACCUGUGAAGUUUGGUGUGACCGAGCCGAUUUCCUUGGGGAUGCCCACCCAGGCAGAGCGAGCAUUGGAUGAGCAGCUGCACGAGGAGAUGCGCCGCGAUGCACCUUUAGAGACAGAGGAAAAGAUGCGCUUCCGGGCUGAAGUCUUGAUGGAGCUGAGACGGAUCACUCAACAAUGGGUUCAGGAGGCUUGCAUAGCACAGGGAGAUGAAGACUUGGCGUCUCGAGCCGGGUCGAAGAUUUUUACCUUUGGCUCUUACAGGCUUGGUCUCAUUAGCCCUGGCUCUGACAUCGAUGUCCUUUGUGUCGCGCCCAAAAACAUCACUCGAGACUCUUUCUUCCAGGUGUUAGUGCCAAAGUUGCAGGAGCAUCCAGAUGUUACAGAUGUGACACCUGUGCCAGAUGCCUACACACCUAUCAUUAAGUUGAAGCUCUCGACCAUCGAAAUAGACCUCCUCUUCGCGCGGCUGUCAUCCAUGUCAGAGAUUCCAGAAAACUUGGAAUCCUUGAAUGAUGACAAUUUGCUCAAGAACCUGGACGACAAAACUGUCCGGAGCAUGAACGGGUGCCGUGUGGCCGACCACAUCUUGUCGUUGGUGCCGGAUGCGGAGAGGUUCCGAGACACCUUGCGCUUGAUCAAGCUUUGGGCAAAGCACCGAGGCGUUUAUUCCAAUGUGCUGGGCUUCUUUGGCGGGAUCUCCUGGGCGAUUCUGGUGGCACGGCUCUGUCAGUUGUAUCCUUACUUCAACACGGCCACGCUCGUGAAGCGAUUCUUUAAGCUCUACGAGCGGUGGGACUGGAACAAUCCUGUGGUAUUGACCCACAUCCAGGAGAAGCUGAACACUCCCGGGCUCAUGAUGUUCAAAAUCUGGAAUCCAAAGGUGAAUCCCCAGGAUCGUAUGCAUUUGAUGCCCAUCAUCACGCCGGCGUUCCCGUGCAUGAAUUCCACGCACAAUGUGUCUGAAACGACCAAAAGAAUUAUCCUGGCCGAAAUAACCAGGGCCAACAAAGUCUUGGAGCAGGUGGAGCAAGGCAAAUGCAAAUGGGCAGAAGUCUAUAGGCCGUUGCCUUUCUUCACGCAGCACAAGUUCUAUAUCCAAAUUGAGGUCUUGGCUGCAACACCUCAGGUCUUUACUAAAUGGCUCGGCUGGAUUGAGUCCAAGUUGCGCCAGCUGGUGAAGCACCUGGAGCAAAUUCCGUCAGUGGCUGUCCGGCCUUGGCCCAAUCACUUGGCCUUCCAGGAUCCUGAAUGGAAGCAUGCAGUCUCCGUCUUCAUGGGCUUGACGGUGGAGAAAGCACCGGGGCAACAAAGCCAUUCAGUGGACCUGCGAAGGACAGUGGUUCGCUUUGUGGAAAUCAUCAACAGCUGGCCGGACAUGUCGCAGCACACUGGCCAGUGUGAGAUGAGAGUCCGAGACGUGAAGCGACGAGAGCUGCCGAGCUACGCUGUGCCGGAGAGAGAGGAUGCCAAGAAAAAGCCGAAGGGACUGCUUCGAGCGUACACGGAUGACGUGCCUGGUGAGGAAGCGGUCCCAACCAGGGAAGUGGCUCCAGAAGUGGUUCUGGACAUUCCGCCUGAGUCAAGGCCAGUGCAAAGUGAAGGCCAGACAAAGCGAAAGCUGGAACCUUUGCCAAAAGCUUUGCGGGGCACCUCAGUCAACGGACGGACUCGGACAGUCGAUCAACGGUCAGUGAGAAACAGCCGGGAAACCCAUGUUGAGCCGGUGAUGUUGUGUGGCGUCGUCUUUUUCUUUCACGAGCCACGUGUCGAUGUUCUCGGCGUUUGCACGAAGAAGCUGCAGGGACCCUCCCAGGGAGGGGCUCAAAGUGUACUGGGCUCAGAAGGAUGUGGUGUUUUCCACAUCAUUCUUGGUGAAGCGUUCAUCCACCAAACUUGACAUCAUCGAACCUGUGCAGUUGGUUCUAUAGAUAGGAAGAAUUGCC